AAGUUGUGGAGAAUUUGUCCGCCUACCGCGCCGACUGCAUCGACCGUUUGAUGAGAGAAGGCUGUGAUUUGGACCCCGUUAUUGGCGACACUGAAUCCGAAAAACUACUGCAAGAAUAGCUUACCAAACCAGAAGCAGAUCUAUACAAUGCAAGUAUGACGGGCCGCAAGAGUCUGUUUAUAUUCCUCAUGGGGCUGGCGUGGAAGUGCCGCUUCAGUAUGCCGCUGCUGCUGAGCGGCACCGUGGCAGUGCUCGGCCGCGCCUGGAUGUUCCAGAUCCGCGUGCACACCGUGCGCAGGCUGCACGAGAACGAGCUGGCGUACUAUGAUGAGGAAGAAGAACAAGAAGAGGACGAAGGGUCUUGGGAGACCGACUCCACGGACUCCUGGGAGACCAUCGUGGAAGAGGUGGCUUACGGCUGACUCCAAAUUCUGACAGUUCUAUACUCUGUAAGCCAAGUGUAGUUCGUAGGAAGGUGGCUGUCACGAUCAAUAUAAAUAUUGAUAAAAUUAUGCCUAUGUAAUAUCUGUGUUGAACAGAAAAUUAUGCCUACAAUAUGUCUGUAAUGAACAGAAAAUUUAUCUUUCAAGAUCGUUAAAAAUAAAAAAAAAAUCAGUUUUAGAUACACCAAACAAUAAUAGGAUGCACAUUUUGACUUAAAUUUGGGACUAAGCAAAGUUAAAUUAUGUAUUUAACGUCAAAGUCUACAUCUACCUACAUCCGUACAUAAGUUUCUACAAGCAAAUAUCUUUUGCAAAAAGCGGUAUUCUCUUUAUGAUUUCGAAAUGAUAUUUGUAAUAAAAUGAAUUGUAAUUUCAAUCUCGGGCGUUUUUUCGGGCAUUGUAGUGAUUAUUUUAUUUUCUGUAUCAUUAUGUUGUUGAUAAUGUUGUAAUUGAGGGCCCUUGUCCAUCUUUUAAGAAAUUUUUGAAAACUUAAAAGAUUCUUACUUUCCGUCUAUUGAAAAUGGCCAAACAUUAAUUUAUUUACAUUUGUAUUCGUUUAGGAAUAAGACGCACUGCUCACAAUUAAAUACUGAACAUUAUUUGAUUAUUAUGAUAUUGUUAGUGAAAAGAAAUGUAAAUUUGGAUUUUGGAUUCGUGUCUAUUCGAUGGAGAAUUUAAAAAAAUAGCAGUCUGCGUUCAGUCAAGACUAGAGACAAAAGAAUAUGUAUAUGAUUACACCAGUGUCUUCCUGCCCAUGGGUUUUAAGUAUGCUCCUAUGCUUAGGCAUUAAUAUCUAUUUAAAAAAAUUGUCUGUAAUAUUCGAGCCGUUAGGUAUACCUAUUACCUACGUAAAUUUGGAAUAUAUAGUUAAAUAAAAAAAUUCAUUUCAUUUGUAGUUAUAUUUGUGACAUAGGUAUGUUUUAUAUUUCGUACAGGAAUAUUUGAAAUAUUGACAUUAUUUUUAUGACUAGAUCGGUGUCGGCAUUUAAUUUGUGUGUUUUGGGUCUUCGGUGUGUCACGUUAUGGUUAGUUAAGUAAAUUUAUUUUUUAAUUGUUUCCACUCGGGCUGUGUGUUAGAAUAAUGUUUAAGUUGAAAUAAAAUGACGCAUUCUUUAUAA